AUGCGGAGUAAUAGUACUAGUGCGCCUGAUGAUCGUGAUCAUAAUCACCAUCGUCAUUUAUUUAUUCGAAAUUUUCUCAGCGACUUUCGUCGUCAGUCGAGUGUCAAUGAUUAUAAAUUUGCAAAUGCAUUGUCACUUGCAGUUACUGAUGAAGAAACUGGAGAUUUAUCAGCAGCACGUUUGUCGAUAUCGAAUUCUUUAACAAGCGUUCAUAAACAAUGUGAGCAAGAUGAUUCUGAAGCUGCAAAUAAACUAUUAGAUAUUGGCCGUGUUGCUUCAUGGGCUGUUGGUUUUGAAAAAUUGCUCAAUGAUGAUAUCGGUUUACAUGUGUUUACAGAGUUUUUGAAAAAAGAAUUCAGCCAAGAGAAUAUACAAUUUUGGAUUGCUUGCGAAAAAUUAAAAAAAUUGUCAGAUCCGGAAGAGAUUCAUCAUGAAGCCAAUGUAAUUUGGUCCACUUAUUUACAUGAUACAGAUGAUGGUUCAUGCCCAAUAAAUAUAGAUAGUCGAACACGACAAGAAUGUCAACAAUCUUUGUUAAAUAAACCGAAUGCUCAUAUGUUUGAAAAGGCUCAAUCUCAGAUAUUCCAAUUAAUGAAAUAUGAUUCUUAUAGUAGAUUUCUUAAAUCAAAUAUGUAUAAAGAUUGUAUUAUGAGCGAAAUGGAAGGUAAAUCUAUACCAUAUACGAAGCAACAACUGCAGCAACUGCAACAGCAACAACAGCAACAACAGCAACAACAACAACAACAACAUCAGCAGCAACAACCACAAACUCCAACAAAUUAUGAAGAGAGAUCAAAAAUACUUGAUUCUUUUACAAAAUUGAAAGACGAUGACAAGAAAGAUAAAAAACGAAGCCCACUGUUACCUUGGACAAAAGCAUUCAUUAAAUGGAAACGUCUAUCAGUUAAACGUGAUACGCCCUCCUCUUUGUCCAAUCUACAUCAUCAAACUGCCAAUGCUAGUACAAAUACUCCAAUACAUGAAAAUUUAUGUUUAUCACCAUUUCUAAUAUCACCAAUGGCUAAUAAAGCAGCUUCAACUGAAUUAGGUGCGAUAUCAACAGCACUAAGACUUGCUAGUGCACCAUCGUCAUCAUCAUCAUCUUCAUUAACAGUAACAAUCAAUAGCGCAAAUUUACCAAGUAAAAUAAAUAAAACUUCAUCAAAUAUUACUCCACAAGAUGCAUCAUCAUUUAAUUUCCUUUUACGUUCAGAAAUCAAUCAAGAGUCAGUUCUAUCUGUUGAAAAGAAAACUCUAACCGUUAGUUAUUCUUAUUCAGAUUUUUAUAAGAAAAAAAACUAA